AUGGCAGACGCAGCGCGUGCAGAGCAGGCAUCUGGCCAUGGGCAACCAAAUGCAGCACUGGCUGCAAGAAUAGUCACACAUCACUUGCAGGCGUAUCGGAACAAACGAUGUCUUCUCGUGUACCACCGAGAGCGACUUGACUGGCUUCGCGCCCGUGUCUGGGACAAGGCAGGAGCGCUUGCACUCGUCUUGAACGAAGACCGAUCAAUAGAUCCAUCCGGAGCAGCCUCGAUUCGUACUCUUUUGGAUCCAGCGGAGCUUGAAUGGCUCCGUUCAUAUGCUGCUCUUGUUGCUCUGUACAAGGACGCGUUCCUCGAUGUGCUGGACGUGACAUGGCCGCUUUCGCAGAGCUCGUCAUCCAGUACGUCGUUCGACAGACCAUCGUCAUCAUCAGGCCCGGGCUCAGCCAGCACGAGCCGCGCACGCCAGGCGCUAUGCGGCGGCUUUGAUGUACGUUCGGAUGCAGCCUAUGCGACGACGGCAGCGCCCAAUUCCGUACGACCUCCCGAUGACGUGAUGAUCUACGUAUUGGUGACCCGCAAUGUGAGCGAUGUGGAAACAGAGCGUGGGACCAUCCAUCUUCGUGUAGGUGAGCGACUGUAUGUUCGACGCGACGAGGUCGAGGCAUUGCUCCUGCGUGGCUGGCUGCGAGAAAUCGAUCCAUAA